UUCUAGUUGCUGCGGUUUCAGUUUUUUGUAUUCACUGUCACUCUCUCUCCCUCCCAAUCUCUCUCUCUCUCUCUCUGAAACCCUAAUCACAGAAGCUUAGCACCAUGGUAGAAUCCAAUCCUCCUCGUCGCUUAAACGUUCAUCAAGCUCUUGGCGGUGGCUCAGUUGCCGAUGUGAUACUAUGGAAGAAAUGGUACGGUGGGGUUGUGGUGUUAAUGUCAACGUCGACCUUGUGGUUCCUCUUCGAACGAGCUGGCUAUAACCUUGUCUCCUUUGUGGCUAAUGUUCUUUUCCUUCUUGUUGUCAUUCUCUUUUUCUGGGCCAAAUCUGCUUCUCUUCUCAAUAGGCCUCUGCCUCCCAUUCCUGAUCUGGAAAUUUCUGAUGAGUCUGUUGUGAAGGCUGCUGAUGCAAUGCAAAUAUGGAUCAACUCAGCAUUGUCAAUUGCGCAUGACAUUGCACUUGGGCGAAAUUUGAAACUUUUCCUUAAGGUUGCUGUUGGUUUGUGGGUUAUAUCUUAUAUUGGUAGCCUCAUCAACUUCCUCACUCUGGUCUAUAUUGGGGUUAUUCUUAGUCUUUCAGUUCCUGUAGUGUAUGACAAAUUCCAGGACCACAUUGAUGAGAAGCUGUGCAUAAUUCAUAGAAUUUUACAGGCACAGUACAGGAAAAUUGAUGAUAACAUUCUAAAAAAGAUUCCUUUUCCUUCAAACAAGCAAAAGAAGAUACAGUAGGGUAUCAAGUAGCGCAGCAAACUUUGAUUAGGAGAUUAGAGAUGGGUUUUCAAUGUAUGAAGUUUUUUAGACUUUCUGUUUGCUGGGAUGCUGUCAGUUCAUCUUAACUGCCACUUAGCAUGGAUCAAGGGGAAAAACAACCUCUCAGUUAGCACGAUAAUCAAUCAGGAGUACGUCUGACACUAAUAGAUACCACAUUGGGGAGAAUGUUCAAAUUUUCUUUCUUUCUUCCAUAUAUAUAUUUUUUUUAAUUUGGGUAUUUUCCUGGGGAUUCGUAUUCUUAAAAUUUUUGGUGUAUGGUUGUUUGUCCUUAUGAUUGUUUGAAAAUUUGGUUCUGCCCUUUGUGUUCAUCUCCUCUGGAUGAAAUUAUCUCCCUAUGGUGAGGGGGAAACUUGUGCUUGGCAAUGAAAUGUUGAAUUUUUAGAUUCCCUAA